UAUUUUGGUCUGUGAUGUGACGUCAUUAGGCUGCGCUGCGCUUCUGCGUCUGAGAUUCAACUGAAGAAAGGACAAAGUGUCAAAAAACACAGAAAAACUCCUGAAGCACUGAAAUCCACACAACACAGUUAUAAAGAUGGAGUUUAUUAAAGAGGAGAGUGAAGAUGUGAAGAUAGAAGAAACAUUCAGAGUCAAACAAGAAGAUACUGAGGAUCAAACAAAGUUUGAGUUUACUAAAGAGGAAAGUGAAGAAACAUUCAAACAUGAAGAUACUGAGGAACAAACACAGAUGGAGUUUAUUAAAGAGGAAAGUGAAGACAUGAAGAUUGAAGUAUUCAAUCUGAAACCUGAAGAUACUGAGGAACAAACAGAUCUGAUGACACUGAAAGAGGAGAAUCAAGAACUGAAUGACACUCAAGAGAUAGAUCAAAAUGAGAAACAGCAUGAUUUCAAUACAGAAGAAGAAUCGAUUGGUUGCUCACAGACUGAAAAGACCUCCUUACCCAAAAAAGCUCAAAAUACACAAACUACAAACCUUGAUUCCCACUUAAGAAAUCAUGCUGGAGAGAGGCCUUACACCUGCCAACAGUGUGAAAAGAGUUUUACACGGAAAUAUUACCUUACUGCCCACAUGAAAAUUCACUCUGGAGAGAAGCCUUACACAUGCAAUCAGUGUGGAAAGAGCUUUACACAGAAAAGUCAACUUACUGUCCACAUGAGAAUUCACACUGGAGAGAAACCCUUCACCUGUGAACUGUGUGAGAAGAGUUUCAGACUAAAUGCAGAGCUCAAGACUCACAUGAUAAAGCACACGGGAGAGAAACCUUACACAUGUAGUCAGUGUGGAAAGAGUUUCACACAAAACAGUCAAUUUAAAGUUCACAUGAGAAGUCACACAGGAGAGAAGCCUUUCACCUGCAAACAGUGUGGGAAGAGUUUCACACGAAAUAGAUAUCUUAAGAAUCACAUGAUUAAUCACACUGAAAAGAAACCAUUCGUAUGCUCUCAGUGUGGAAAGUGUUUUACACAGAAAAGAGCCUUCGAUGCCCACAUGGUAAUUCACACUGGAGAGAGUCCUUUCACCUGCCAUCGGUGUGGAAAGAGUUUUAGACUAAAAGAAAACCUUCAGAAUCACAUGAAAAUUCACACUGGAGAGAAGACUUUCGAAUGUCAGUGUGGAAAGAGAUUUACACAGAAAAAACGGCUCGAUACCCACAUGAGAGUUCACACCGGAGAGAAGCCUUUCACCUGCGAACUGUGUGGGAAGAGUUUCACGAAUAAGACAAACUUAAAGACUCACAAUAGAAUUCACACUGGAGAGAAUCCUUUCACAUGUGAUCAGUGUGGACAGAGUUUCAGAUAUAAUGCAAACCUCAUCAGUCACAUGAAGAUUCACUCAGAGAAGAGUUUUAAAUGUCAUCAGUGCGAGAGGAGUUUCACAGACAUGAAUCAACUUCAGGAUCAUGUAAUAACUCACAACUGAGAAAAGCCUUCAUCACUGUGGAAAGAGUUUCACAAGAGAUGAAAGCCUCAAGAUUCACAUGAGAGUUCACACUGGAGAGAAACCGUACAAGUGUCUUGAGUGUGAGAAGAGUUUCACGUCAACGCAGCAUGAAACGUCAUUUGCGAACUCAUUCGGAGAAGAAAUUGCCAUUUUCCUUCGUAUGAAGAGGUUUAGAAAAAGGAGAGAUUUCUACACUCAUCUGUGCAUUCAAUUUGGAAGACAAUUCAAUUGUAGUCAGUGUAAUAAUUUAAUAAUAAUUUGUCAUCCACUGAAAAGUCAUGCAAAUGGGAGACCCAGUUUGUGUUUUGUUGAAGAUAUGACUAGAAAACAUUUUCAGAAAAAUUCUACAUCUGAUUUUUACCUUCAUGACGACUACUUUUACUUGCGUUCUUCCUCUCUGCAUGCUUCUUCUUAAGGCAUCUUCUUUUCUUUUGUGCAUUUUUACUCCUGAGGCCAAACCUGAUAACCAUCUUUGCUUUAAUGUCACUCAAUUCAAUGUGUUGAUUUCCUUUGAAUCGAAAUCGUAGUCAAACUUUUACCUUGCUGGGAAAUCAACAAUGUAAUUGGAAGAUUACAAAUAAACUGACAUAAACCAAACAAAAUAACUUGUUCCCAUUGAUUGUAGGUGUAUUUCAGAUUAUUGUUAAGUUUACUGUAAAGGGAGAUUCAAUGGUGUAGUCAUGGAGAGAAUUUCUACACCUUUCAUAUUUAGAGAUGGAUAAAAGCAAGCAAUGUCAUGAAGGUAUAAGCGGGUUAAUUUGAUGUUUUUUAACUUUAUUUUUAAUUUUGAUAAUGUUUUAUUUAACCCUGUGUGGUCAAACUUCAGUCUGGUUAAAACAGACUCCUCCCUUCUUUUCCUUCCAAUAAUACCCUAUGGAUAAAUACAUUUCUGUAUACUGUAUUUUCUUCCAGUAGUAUCCAUGUCCCAUACGUCCUGCCAUUUCUUCAUUAUUUCUUUUUUAAUUAUUGCUUUAGCUUCCCCUUUGCCAAAUUGAAUAUUUAUAAUAUCGUUUAUCCUGGUUGAUUCCUUUGCUAUUUUGUCUGCUUUCUCAUUCCCUUUUAUAUUUACAUGAGCAGGUACCUAGCAGAAUCUCACAUCUAUCUGAAGCCUCCUCAAUCUAAAUAAACGCUGGUGUAUUUCUAGCAUUAAAUCUUCUCUAUUAGAUCUCAUAUUUUGAAUACUGUGAAGGACUGCUACAGAGUCAACACAACUACCACAUCUGGGGCCUGUACCAUGAAGCUGGCUUAGGUGGCUAGCCAGCUAUGUUUCAGCUUAGUUUCCACCAACUCUGGGUUUUAGGUACUAUGAAAGUAGCUCGGCUUUAAUCGGUGUUCGUUGCCAUGGUAUUUUACGCUGCACGGCUAACCUGCUCCGGGGCAGGUUAUGACUGAAGUUUGACCAAUCAGCUGUGAGCAAAGAAACAUAUAGGUGACGUAACUAAUUCCCAGUGUCUAUUCACUGUUGCAAUGGCUUCACCUUUUCUCCCAAAUCCUGUGGACAUCUCCGCACAAAUUGUUAGACGAGCACUUCGUAGAGAAAGAGUUUUUAGGGACAGACAAAAUCCAUUUGACUUUCCUGAUACUUACUUGUAUGAAAGAUACAGAUUUUCAGUGGAAAAGUAUCUUUGUGAACUUCUUGAGCCGCACAUAACAAAUGUGACUCGUCGAAGCCAUGCCCUUACUGUACCGCAAAUGGUAUGUAUUGCGUUGCGUUUUUUGCAAGUGGUACAUACUUGUAUGCGGUCGGGGAUGCAGAGAAUCUAGGGAAAAACACGGUCUGUCGAACCAUUCGAAAGGUGGUCCUCGCUCUGCAGGGGUACAUAUACAGCUUCAUUGUGUUCCCUGGACAUUUAUUGACCAUGUCCAUAAAAGAGGGCUUUUAUAAAAUUGCCGGUAAGAUAUCUUGAUAGACAUCACAUGAACAAAUUUAACAUUUCACACUCAUUUUUUUUCGUCUUCAAAAAAAGCAUAUUUCACACUUAGAAAUCUAUUAUACAGUAGUCUGCAGUAGCUACCUGUUAAGAAUUAUUUUAAAUAUAUAUUUUUAAUUCCUAUGAUAGGAUUCUCUAGAGUCAUAGGAGCAAUAGACUGCACACAUGUUGCAAUCUCCGCAGCUCUCGGAGAACAUGAGGCAGAUUAUGUGAACAGAAAGUCCUUUCACAGCCUUAAUGUUCAGGUAGGGCUACUAUAUAGCCUAUGUGAAUUUUUUUGAUUUUUUGCAUUGAGAUCAAUCUUUAAAUAAAUAGUAACUAACAGAUAGGACAAUUAUUUACUGUACAUUUCAUCUGCAGAUGACUUUGAUCACAAGUUUGGAUGACAAAUGGCCUGGCUCUGUGCAUGACAAAUUUUCUGUGAGCCUAUUUUGUGUCAGCGCUUUGAGAAAGGCAAGUUAAAUUUGGUACAGUACACUAUAAAGUUUUAAUUUUAAUAGCAAAACUUACACAAUUUUCCCCUUUUCUGUUCUAUGACAGGACUUUUUGAUGGCUUGUUGGUUGGAGAUCGAGGUUCUGCAUGCUAGAGGUUUUUGCUAACCCCCUAUCCUGACCCUCAGACAGGGCCACAAAACCGCUUCGAUGUGGCCCUCAGUAAAACCAGGGUCAAGAUCGAGAUGACCUUAGGCGUUUAAGAGUGUCACCAGAGCGGGCAUCACAGAUAGUGGCUGCAUGUACCAUUCUGCAUAAUAUAGCCAUUAUUAGAAACGAGCGAGUACCACCACAAAACCAGCUUCUCCCUGAUGAAAUUGACCCCAUCACACUUGACCACCCAGCUGGCGCAGCUGUCAGAGAUGCAAUCACAACACAAUAUUUUACUUAAUAAGAGCACACUGACACUGCAGAUAUGUCUCAAACUGUUUUAUUGGUCAUCAUGUGACUAGGGGGGAAGUAAGAGUGCAGGAAAAAUUACAUUACAUUAGUUCUAGACUCCUUUUGUAAAGGGCCCUGACUGAGUCUGUUUCCACCUGAAACAAUUCCACCACAAACAAUCAUUACACGUUUUCUGGAGGUUGAUCAAAUCACAAAAAGUGGCAUGACUUUCUACAAACACAGGACUGACUGUAAUUUAUGUGAAGGGUUUAAAGCAUUACCCUGUUCACAUUCCUUCUAUAGCCCAUUGAGGUAGAGGCUUCAGUUUCUGGGGCAGGUCGUGAAAAAUCCUACAAAAGAAGUGUAUGGGCCAGUCCCAUACACAAAAGAAAUAUAUUUGAAAUAUAUUUUCAUAAUAUGUUUUGGAAUAUAUGCAAAUAUUUGAAAUUGGCCCAAUAAAUAUAUUUCACACUUAACAAUGUAUUUUUGUUAUAUUUCAGAAUAUAUUUCAAUGUAUUUUUUUCUGUAUGGGCCCCGAAAAGUGUCAAAAAUAUGUGUGUCAUAUAUUCCAAAUACAUUGAACUAUACUCUGAAAUAUAUAUAUUAAAAAAAUGAUGUUAAGUGUGAAAUA